UCAAGUUGAGCUCAGUAUAAAAAUUAUUAAAUAAGAAACAGGAGCCACAGUUACCAAAAGAACAUCAGAUGUAUCGAGUUCAUGCCAAAUUCUUCCGCGACUAAUGUUAACGCGGAAUUCGUUUACACAAAGUUCGUGAAUAGAUGAUAUAAAGCGCGUGUGUUUAGUUAGUCAGUGAUACCGUAGCUAAGGAGAUCGGAAUGGUUUAUCGCAUAGUACAGAAAAAUUUCCUGUCGGUGUUCGACGUAACUACUACGAUGCUGGUCAAGUUAAUAUGUUUAUUGGUGCUGGUGUGCUCAGUGCAGAGCUUACAGCUGGACAACCAGGCGUCCACGAGGAGGCCAAGGGUCACCAAGUACAGCAAAACUACCAUUGCGCCUGGAGGAUCAACGGAAGCAGUGACAGAGAGGAGCCUCAACACGGCGACGUAUCGCCUGCUUGGUAGAGACGGGGAGACGUGCAUCUUACUGAUGGUGGACGCGCUCUUAGACAUAUCAUACGUCACCAAACUCAACGAGAGAACUGAUGCGAACACGUUCGUACCAAACAACGCCAACGUGGCUGGAGCGUGUAAGGAGAGCGAUGCUGAAACACUCCUGCUGACCUUCAAGGACUUCGCUCUGGAAUUUUCAUUUUCUAAAACACCAGGUGGAGAGCGUUGGUACGCAGACAGUCUCCGUCUGACUUACAACUCGAGCGCUCGGAUCCUCGAGCAUGCAGCCAACCAGGGUCGGAAGGUUACGCUCAGCACAGACUCCAGGGAGCUCCUGUUUCCUACUCCAGUUGGCAAGUCCUACUCAUGUCCUGAAGAAACCAUUAUUGAGUUGGCGGAGGAAGAUGCUAAUCCCGCCACAGCACACCGCGCCAAACUGUACCUUCGCGAGAUGCGGCUGCAGGCUUUCAUGUACAAGCGAGGCGGGGAGUUCGGGCCGGCGUGGGCAUGCGCUCGGGCAGCGCGCGCCCGCGCCGAGUCGGCGCCCGUCGCCGUCGGCGCCGCGCUGGCGCUCGCCACCGCCGCCACACUCUGCGCGUACGCCGCUUGGCGCUACCUCAAGGUCAAGAAGGUACAGUAUGACACUAUGGAGUAAACCGACCUCUUUCGUUCCCAAAUGUAAUUAAAAAAAAACGAAACCAACAACAAUUUACUUUUGACAGAUUGUUUUCUUAAUUAGUUCCUUUUUUGUAUUGCGAUUGUAGUAUGUUUGAAAUUAGAUGUCAGUUUUGAUCGUUAAAUAAAAUGAUAAAUUAACAGUUUUACUAAAAUAAACUAAAAUAUCUAUAAUAUGACAUUAAUUGAAAUAAUGUACGUGAUUUGAAGAUAAUAAAUAAAAGAUUACUUAAAAAAAUUCAUCAUAAUUAGAUAAAUUGAGUCUAGAUAGCAUAUUAAAUUCACGAGGAAACCAAAAAGUUACGAGAAAUCUAAUCGAUUUUUUUUUCUUUUAAGGUAAACUUCUUUACACUUAAAUGAAAGUGUAUUUCUAUAAAGUUCUGUCUUCUAUCUCUCAUUUUCUUUUUCUCUUUUAUUUUCAAAUCUGACGAUUAUUCUUCUAUAUAUUUUUUUUCUUUUUACGAGAAGAAAAUGAGUUUUUCUUUCCCAAAGAAAUGAUAAUUGUAAGAAAGGAGUUUUUUAUCGUAGGUCGUUGAUAUAGUGAGAUCUAUUAAGAUUGUUCUGAAUGCCAAGUGGUUUGUCUUAGUACGGUAGACCAAAUGUUGUUAUGUGUAAGAACUAAGAAUCAAGUGAGAUUUAUAAAUGAUAUUAUGCUAUGUUCAUACUUGUAGGUGUAUUUAGGGGAUGUUUACACAAAUUAAAUUUAGUCUACCUUUUGUUAUUUGUCCUUUAAAAUCUAAUGAAUGAUGAUGAAAUCACGGAGGAUUUUUUCCAUUCAUUUAAUUGUCAUCUGGUACUACAACUAUUUUCUAGUACAACUUAUCAUUCGAAAGAUUUUUUCCUUUACAAUAAUUGAAAUAUUUUAAACGAUAUUUAAAAUACAUAUCUACAAAUUUCCUAAAUAUAUCUACAAGUGUACGCUACGAAACUAUUAUAAAAUACGUUUUUAUAAUAAUAUUCUAGAAUCGUAGAGGGAAAGCGCCAUCUGCUUGUCAAUUUGACAAUUUUGGAAGUAGCUAGCGAUUGAAAAAUGUUGUUGGAGAUUUUAGAAAGUCAGCGAAAAUAUGUCUAUUACUAUAUUAUAAAAGCAUUGAAACAGAAAUAAAAUACAUUAUACAUAUCUUUUUUGAGGUUCAGAAUUUAUUAUGGAAACGUAAAAAAGAGCGUGAAAUAAUUAACUUUGAAUGAGAGUUAGUGAUGUGCAUCACUAAUAUCGAUAAAAUGCUCGAUAUGUCAACUUUAGAAUAGUUACAGUAUAAUAAAAAUAUUAAUCAAAUUACUGUUUUAUAUUUAUAUGUAUGUUCAAAGGUUCUCAAAUAAUCUGAAUAAAAUACUGAAGUUGAAAUUUAUAAAGCGAACACAACGAAUGUGUACAUCAGUGGUAUGUCACUGUCAGAUUUCUGUGAGAAUGGUAAUUCAAAGGCCUUAGUAUGAGUUUGUUUUAAGUAAUCGGAACGAAACCGCGUUAAAAUGCCCACUGCUGACCAAAGCCUCCCACACGGAGAAGGUUUAAGCAUUAAUCACCACGCUUGUUCAAUGCGGA